CAGAACCCGUCCGGGGGCGGCCGCACCAUGACCUACGUGGCCAAGCCGGCGUACGCGGGCUCGGCGGCGGCGGGCGAGGGGCUGUGCCAGAUCACCGUGCGCAUCGGCGAGGAGGCCAUCGUCAAGCGCCGCAUCUCGGGCACCGAGCUGCGCGGCGACGGCGCCGCCGAGGAGCGCCGCGGCGACAACGACAGCGACGCCGAGGACCGGCUCUGGCGGCCCUACUACUCCUACAAGCCCAAGAGGAAGGCGGGCGGCACCGCCGGCACCG